AUGGGGCAAGUGACUUCGGUGGUUACCAUAAGACCGGACCAACGCACCUUGGCGAGUGCUGAGCUUCAGAUAGCGCGCAAGGAGCCGACGUUUAUCAUUUUCUCCAGCAUCUUGGCUGUAGCAGUCGCCAGGCCGGGUCUGCUGCUUAGCCCCCAGUUAGCUACCCUAUCAGGCCCGAUCUUCACGAAACUGGUCCCUGGAGCCCCAAUCGGCCUGGACGGUCGGGUGGUGGACACACCGGAAGUAGCUUUUGCCAAGGCAGAACACGCAGCCGCCCACAUCAACGAGAGGGUCACCUUAGCAAACGAAGCAGUGAAGUCUGCUGACCUGAUCGCCUAUACAUCACCAAUUUUAGCUACCAGCGAUCUAGGAACCUUCGCCGUUGCCAAACUGGUCCCACCAGCGCCGCUUGGGCCUGAUGGCCGUGUAGUAGACACACCGGAAGUAGCUUUGGCCAAGGCUGAACACGCGGCUGCCCAUAUUAAUGAGAAGAUCGGCUUGGCAGCCGAAGCUGGCAAAUCGGUUGAGGUCCCUUUGCUAGUGUCCGCGUACUCCGCUCCGGUGAUCCAGAAGUAUUUGAUCUGA